UUCAUCAUGGCGAUGCAUGCGAAGGCGACUCCGCCGCAGAUCCCGGACACCCGCCGGGAGCUCGCUGAACUGGUGAAGAGGAAACAAGAACUUGCUGAGACACUGGUGAACUUGGAAAGACAAAUAUAUGCAUUUGAAGGGAGCUACCUAGAAGACACGCAAAUGUAUGGCAACAUCAUCAGAGGAUGGGACCGAUACCUCACCAACCAAAAGAACUCCAAUAGUAAAACCGAUAGAAGAAAUAGGAAAUUCAAGGAAGCAGAGCGUUUAUUCAGCAAGUCAUCUGUCACGUCAGUUGCAGCAGUAUGUGCACUUGGAGGGAUACCAGAUCACAUGAAUGAGAAACGUGAGGCAGGCAGUGGUACGGAAAGUGAUGCUUCUCCAGAUCUCCAGAACCAGGAGAACGAGCCCAGCCAGGACGAUACAGAAGAUGUGGACUCAACGCUGCAGGACCUUAAGCCUCAGAAGGCUGCAUCCUCCUCCUCCUCAGGCAGCCAUCAUGGGAGCCACAAGAAGAGGAAGAACAAAAACAGACACAGAUUUGACAUGAAGGUUAACAAGAAACCAAGAGCUGAUUAUUCAACUUAACAAAGACGACUGGAACACCUGGACACACAUGAGGACACGUGAAGAGAAACACAAAAUUUAUGGGCUUUGUGAACUUUUUAUGCCUUUUUUUUUUUUUUUUUUUGUUCAAGUUGUCAUAUUUCAGCCUGUACUGUGUGCAUUGCUUGAAACAUUCCCCCUUCCACCUACCUUUGGUCAUGGUUAAUAUUUUGACCUACCAAUUAAGUAGAAAUAUGGUUGUGCAUGUUACUUGAGGCCUGAUGAGGCCCACCUCCAGUAACACACCAUCUUGUAUAGUGUUAAAAAAAGAUUGUAUUUAUUAUGUAGUUAAUUUCCAUGUUUGCCAUUGUGAGAAAGUUUUGCUUUUUGUUAAGCGUCACUUAGUCAUCUAACCCCUGAAUACCCAGGAUUCUUUUAUUACAUGGUUUGUUUUUCAAAAAAAUAAUAAAAUACCAGUAUCGUGA